GGGCGCGGCGCAGUGAGGGCGGGCAGGGCGACAGCAUGGCCUCCCGGGACCCGCCCGCCACCACCUUCGCGGGGCCCGACGUGCCCUCCGGGGUCGCGCUGCUCACGACCAUCCCCUUCGCCUUCAUCGUGCCUGAGCUGGUCUUCGGGUGCUGGGUCUGGAUCCUGGUGGCCGCCACGCAGGUGACGCAGCCCUUGCUGCAGGGCUGGGUGCUGUAUGUCUCGCUCACCUCCUUCCUCAUCUCCCUGAUGUUCCUCUUGUCCUACUCGCUGGGAUUCUACAAGAAGUACGAGUCCUGGAGGGUCCUGGACAGCCUGUACCACGGCACGACCGGCAUCCUGUACCUGAGCGCAGCCGUGCUCCAGGCCCACGCCACCAUCGUCUCCGAGGCCCUGGAGCUGCACAACUACUUCAUCAACACCACAGCCUCGUUCUUCGCCUUCAUCACCACCCUGCUCUACAUCCUCCACGCCUUCAGCAUCUACUACCACUGAGGCACGGGGGACGAGGCCGGCCGGGGGAGCCCUAAAACCCGGGCGACAGGCCCCACAGGUGCUUCUGGACAUUGGCCAGCUGGACUGGAGGCGCCCGCGGGGCCCACAGAGCGUCCUGCAGACUGAGAUGCCCCUCGUCCUCUCCGUCUGGCCGUCUCCUCCCUGCCUGAAGUCCGGGCACUGGGGUUCCCUUUGGCCUGGGAGAGUCCUCACUCCUGGGGUGACCUGACAGGGAGCGUGACCCCGAAAACCAGUACCCGAAGCCAACGCUGCAGAGAACCCCUGUCCCAGGCUGCACCCCGUCCCGCCGCGUCACCCCGCCCCGUGCGUCACUCCAUCACACCACAACACCCCGUCGGGGACGUCACCUCACCGUGGCCUCGUUUUCUGGGACGGAAACACGCCGUCCGCACCUGCGACCUGGUGGAGCCUCGCGCCUCAGUCCACUCCGUGGCUCGGCCUCGGCCCCCCAGGACGCGCCCCCUGCCCCCGCCCCCAACCUUUCCUUCCCAUUCUUGGGGUCCAGGGUUGCCCAGAGUCAGCCCUGAGGAUAGCUGUGGGGGUGCGUGAGUGACCGUGCAGAACCGUCGGUGAGGCCGGGCUGGGACGGGGGACGGGGCGGCAGGGCAGCCCCUCUCCACACUCAGGCUUCCCGGGCAACCGCGCGGCGUCCAGGCACCCCGAGACCCCCGCCCCAAGGAGGGGGAGCCACCUGGCCCUCCGUGGAGGCGACGGAUGACAUGCCCGAGGUCUCUCCUGGAGGAAAGCGUUGGGACGGCUCAAGUGGAAGCACCGCAUCCUGGGAGGGGGCUCCCCGUGGCCCCCCACCCUCCUUGCCUUCCGCUGCGGGACUUUGCUUUGCCCGCUGAGGCCUCUGGGAAGUGGGGGCCCCAGCUGGGACCGAACGCGCCUGGGGACCGUCUCCAAAAGCUGGCCUCACUCACACCGAAACGGGAAACCCAGGGGCUUCAUUUAAAGCAAACGUUUCCCAGAGCGAUGCCCUUUGGGGUCCCCUGUGGGGAGGGUCACCUCCUGCCAUCGUUCUGCCCUGUCACUUAGAGAUGAGGUACAUGGUUGUGUGAAAGGGGGCAGCCUCACGGCCUCGGCGCCUUCCGGAACUGACUCGGGUUUGCUCUGCCCUGGGCGGCCGGGGGCCCGGGGGGUCCCCGAGAGGAAACCGGCUCCGCUGCCCUGCACUGCUCGCUCUCCCGUCCCCCCAUCGCUUAUCGCCUGGCAGCUGUCUGGGGGCUACUGUCCCAGAGUCACCCAGUAGCCACAUCCAAAUAAAAGUUGUUUGUACA